UGCUGAAACAACGCAACAGGAACUACUAUAAGCUAAUCAUGUGUUACAGACAAACUAGUCCUCGAAUCCAUAUCGGGACUUGAGUUUACUUAAAUGUUUUCUUAAAUUAAUAUUUUUUAUCCUUUAAGUAAUUUUAAAACAUACAUUUGGCUCCAUGAAGUGUGUGUACACGCCAUUGGGUCUGUAUUUAAGCUAGCAAACCUAUUAUUUUGAGCUCCAACAUGUCUUACUUGGAGUGGGCAGAAGCUCAGGUGGCAGAGUUGGAGCUGUUGACCAGCAUGUUCCCCAGCCAGGAGGAGCUGGAGCUCACCGACCAACUGGCGCUAGCAGAGCUGAGAAGCUACAUGGAGUCUCCGACAGACUGUGCCCCUGCCUCCUCCAGACCUCAGUUCCUCAUCAAGCAGAAGUUUGAUUCUGCAGGGACUGAAGGGAUGGAGAUCAUUUUGUCGUGCGCUUAUCCAUCCGAGUAUCCCAGUGUGUUGCCAGAUAUUACAGUGCGGAGUUCUGGUCUCAGUAGAGCCCAGCAGGCACAGCUCCAGGCAGAUCUCAAAAAGUAUCUCAUGGAAAACUGCCAAGGGGAAGUGUGUGUGCUUGCUGCCGUGGACUGGGUGAAAGACAGCCUUCAGAGCUUAUUAGCAGCUACUGCUCUUAAAACGGUGACUCCUGCCACCUCCUCCUUGGUGGCACAGGAAGUGUUCAGCCGGCUGUGGAUCUACAGUCACCACAUCUACAACAAGUCAAAAAGGAAGAACAUCCUGGAGUGGUCUAAGGAGUUGGGCCUGUCAGGAUUCAGCAUGCCUGGGAAACCUGGCAUUGUGUGCGUAGAAGGGCCUCAACCGGCCUGUGAGGAGUUUUGGUCCAGAGUGAAGGUUCUGACGUGGAAAAAGAUCAUGAUUCGACAUCGAGAGGAUAUUACACUUCAAGGUGAGGACGGCAAAGCUGCUCCGAGCAUGGACUCCCUUCGGAAGUUCUCCACCUUCGAAGAGGCCAUGUUUGACCCUCACGGGAGCAGAGGCAACCACAUGGACCUCGGACAGCUCUACCACUUCCUCAAUGAAAAAGGCUGCUGUGAAGUCUUUCAAAUGUAUUUCGGCAUUGAAGGGAGAUAACGGUAUAUCAGAGAACAAUAAACAGUUUACUUUAUAUAAUUAUCUGCAGAAUUAAACAUGUUUAUGAGUCACAUUCAAGAUCUUAAAUGGAACAUAAAAACACAUUUUUGAAAAAAAAAAUCUGUUUUUAUGACUCCUGCCAAAUACACCUGUGGCCCAACUAAUAAGAACAUGGAGCUCUGCCAAAACGAUCCAGUUAAAACAUUGUCUUCUUUCCAUUUUUAAUUAUUUAGGAUGUUAUUAUUUUUUGAUCAAAAAACUUCUUUCCUCUCAGGACAAAACUAUUGAAAGUUUUACCUGAGUUUUAUUGUCUGAAGAAUUGCACAAAUUAAUCAAAACAGAUUAAAUAAGUGAUUUUAUUUUUCAUUUGUCAACUGUUUUGUUAGCAGAGAAUAAAAUACAUAUGAAAAAAA